CUCCCUCCCUCCCUCCCCUCCCUCUCUUACCUUACCCUCUCACUUUCUUUCUCUUUCUGUCAUUUCCAGGUUGCCACUUGGUCACUGCAGACACUAUGCUCUCUCUCAGCGCUCUCCCCACCACCGUUGUCCCCAGCCUCUCCUCUCCAGGAGGAUGUGCUACUGGAGGACCGAGGGUAUGGUCCUCCAACCAGGAGGUGGCUCUGUUCCAGACCCUGCAAGAGGCUCUGAGGGAGAUCGACCUGCCUGAAACACAGGACCUGCCACAGGGUAUGAGUCACUCUGAGCUGUGUGUCUGUGUUUUGGGAUCCCCCCUCCCCUACCUCUCUCUGCUGUUGGAGGCAGGCCAACGGAGCCCAGGAGAUGCUCUCCUGUGUCUUUCUCCUUCCUGGCUCUCUCACUCCUCCCCCUCCCUCCUGGUCCACAAGGCUGUCACCUUUGACUUGGGAGGCCGCACUUUCCUCUCCAACUUCAACCCCCCUCGCAAGGUCACCUACUUCCUGUCAUGUGACCCUUGGGCUGAGGAGGAAGUGACCCGGGAGACAGACUGCCCAAGCGGAGGUUCCGGCGCACUGUGCCGAUUCUGGGAUGUUCUGACCACCAGGGUUCUGCUGCAAAAGUCCAAGAUCCACUGCCCCCCGACGCUGGCCUUACUGUUGCCCCCGGGACAGAUGGGACUGGAGGAGGGCAGGACAGGAGGGGUGGAGGUGGUGCACCUAGAAAAGGGGGUGGAGGGAGGGAUGAACUCCGUCCGAAACAAGGUGGACUCUUUCCUGGAGUCUGAGGAUAUGAAGGGAUCUGAGAGUGUGGUGCUCAGGCGCAGUGGUGGGACGUUCGUGGGCGAGGCAACCUCACCCCCUGUCUACCUGUCCAGGAACAACAGGGAUGAGGUCUGGGCCAAGGUAGGUUAUCUCCUGCCCCAGCUCCUCCCUGGAGAGGCAGUGCUACUGGAGGCCUACUGCUCCCCACUGAAGCCUGGGCCGCGGGUAGAGGACCGCACCUGGGAACAGUACACCGACUGCAGGCCUCAGGUUCCAGACCUGUCCUUCAGACUGUGUGCCAUCGUAAGUCGCUCACCUCUGGACCUGCCUCUCCUCUACAAGUUGGUGUGUAGAGUGGGCAUGUCCGACACCCCUCUCUCUCACAGCCACUCCCUCUCUCAGUCCUUGGAGACCACCCUAUUAGAGUGCGGUUUCACUGACCCUACCAUGGCAACUUCUCUCCAUCGCUUAGCAACGGACACCGCCCUGUCCUGCCUUCGUGUUGUCAUGGAAACAGAGUCAAGCAUGUCCGCGGAACUGCGUGGUGGAGCGGGCGCCCAGACAGACAUGAUAGGCGUAGACCUCCUCUUCACCAUGGAUGGUUACAUCAUCAGCCCUGUUGUCCUUGGCCUCCACCCCUCCCUCUGUCUCCGCUCCUCCUUCCCAGAGCAAGGGAUGGGACUGGAGGGAUGUGACAGUGGGAUAGAGGGGUGGAGUAGGGGCACCCUCCUCCUCACCCCCCUCCUCCGCUCCCAGUACUACCUGAUGCAGGAGAAGACUGUGCUGGUGGUGGGAGCUGGAGGACACAGUAAGAAGUUCAUUUGGGGAGCAGCCAAAAAGUACAAACUCAAGAUCCUGCUUGUGGACUGUGACCCCGCCCACUUCGCCUCCCAGCUGGUCAACCACUUCCUGCCCCUGCCAGACCUACCCGACCACCGCCGUGACGACCAGCACUGCUCCCGCAUUUGUGAUUGGCUGUUGUCCUCUGGGCUCCGCCCUGAUGGCUGCGUGUGUUUCUGGGAUGACUGCGUGGUGCUGACGUCUCUGGUCUGUGAUAGGCUGGGGCUCAGGGGGCCUCCUCCAGAGGCCAUCCGCAUCGCGAAGGAGAAGAGCCGCACCCACAGGCACCUCCUGGGCUUACGGAAGUCUACUGGGACUAACCUGACCAGUGUUGAGCAACCCUCCGGUCAGGCGGAUGGCCUGGUUGAGUUUAGAGAAGAUGAGAGGAGAGGAAGACAGCAGAACGGUAUGGUCAACGGCAUGGUCAACAUGGAAGGGGAUAGCAUGAGAGCUAUGGCCGAUUUUGACAGGGGGGAUCUCUUCAAUGAGGCAAUGGGCAAACCCGACACUACCGCCCCUACCUCUUCAUCCGCCUCAGCCUCCUCGUCCUUCUCACUGUCCUUCUGCACUUUCCGGCCCUCCGCUCCCCUCCUUUCUCCCUCCCCUUCUUCCUAUGCUGUUCCCUGUAUCCAUGUGGAGAGCGCCCUGGAUCUGGAGAAGGCAGCCAGUGGGGGGGAGGAGGGGCCUGGUGGGGCCAGUGUAGGGGUGGUGAGGUUCCCUGCCGUCAUGAAGCUGGAGUAUGGGGCCGGGGCGGUGGGCGUGAGGAAGGUGGGCUCUCUGGAGGAAAGCCUGGCACACUUUGAGAGGAUCGGAGGGGACCUCCGCGAGGAGACAGACUACCCUGGCAUUGGCCUGGGCUGGGGCAACGCCAUGACCCUCAUGGAGUACGUGGGAGGCACAGAGCACGACGUGGAUGUGGUCCUGUUUGAGGGGCGACUGGAGGGCGCUUUCGUGUCCGACAAUGGCCCCACCCGUGCUCCGGCUUUCACCGAGACGGCCUCCCAGAUGCCCUCGGGACUGGCGCCGGACAAGCGUGCUCAGCUGAUUCGCGCGGCGCACCACGCCUGCCUGGGCUGUGGCCUGCAAGACGGUGUGUUCAAUGUUGAGCUGAAGAUGACAGAGGUGGGCCCGAGGCUCAUCGAGAUCAACGCCCGCAUGGGCGGCUUCUACCUGCGCGACUGGAUCCAGCAGCUGUACGGCGUGGACAUCCUGAUGGCCGCCUUCAUGGUGUCCUGUGGGGUGCGUCCGUGCCUGCCCUCGGCCACAGCGCUCCCAGCCAGAGGCCACUUUGCUGGGGUGAUGGUUGUGGUGUCCCAGCACCUCCAGGCCCUGAGAAGCACAGCCAGCCCUGAGCGCCUGCGAGGGCUGCACCAGGACGGGGCGCUGUGGCUGAACGAGCUGGCUGAGGAGGAUGAAUUGAUCUCUGGGGAGUACGAGGAGCCUUUCUGUAAUGUCGGGGUGAGAGACGCCCACAACGCCGCCAACGCUCGCCAGCGCCUCCUCGCCCUCUGCCAGGGGCUAGGCCUGCACUGUCCUCCACGCUACGACCUGGGGUACUUCCUGUCCCACUUCAAUUAGACAGGAAGUCAGGUGGGAGAAGCACCUGGGGUUUGUUCAGGAGGGUGCAAUGUUUAGAUUUUACUCACAGAUCAAAAUAAUACAGAAAUCGAUUCCCUGUUCUACAUGACAGAGAAGCAUAUGUGUUUUAGUCCUGUCUAAAUCUUUGUUCUUAACAUUGGACCCUUCUGAAUAGAACCCAUGUUUAGCACGUGUAUGCUUUGUGCGGGUGGGGUUUUUGUACUAGGGCCAAGGGUUAGUUUAGUUAGCUUAAAAGGUACAUCACAGCAAGAAAAAACACUAAUGUUAUAUCAAAACAUAUCUCACUACCUUUUAAUUUUUCUCACUUAAAUUUUAGGGACCAUCUCAGGAAUACAAGUGUCAAAGAGGUAUAAUCUUCAGUGAUUAGCGAGAAUAGGGUAUGGGUGUCUUAUCUAUCUACCAGGGUUCAGGAAGUGAUUUAAAUAAAACAAUUGAAAAACGUCUACUUCUCAUUUCAUUGAGAAGUCAUUAAAAAAUAGAGGCCCUUGGUUAAAUGAUUGAAUUGGAAUGUUGGUUAACUUCUUGAAACUCCCCAUCCCGGAUCCGGGAUCGUGACUAAAGCCUCAGGCUCAUUAGCAUAACGCAACAUUAACGAUUUCUGAAAAUCGCAAAUAAAAUGAAAAUAAUGCGCCUGCUCUCAAGCUUAGCCUUUUCUUAACAACACUGUCAUCUCAGAUUUUCAAAAUAUGCUUUUGAACCAUAGCAAUUGACUAAUUUGUGUAAGAGUGUGCUAAGCUAGCUUAGCAUUUUGAGUAGCAUUUAGUACGCAACAUUUUCACAAAAACCAGAUAACCAAAUAAAUAAAAUAAUUUACCUUUGAAGAGCUUCGGAUGUUUUCAAUGAGGAGACUCUCAGUUACAUACCAAAUGCGCAGUUUUUCCUGAAAGCGUCUGUGUGUAGGAGAAAUCGCUCCAUUUUGUACAUCACAUUUGGCUACCGAAACGAACCGAAAAUUCAGUCACCUACAACGUCAAACCUUUUCCAAAUUAACUCCAUAAUAUCGACCGAAACAUGGCAAACGUUGUUUGGAAUCAAUCCUCAAGGUGUUUUUUCACAUAUCUCUUCAUUGAUAUAUCGUUCGUGGAAGCCUGCAUUCUUCUCUGAAUUCUGUGGAAAAAUACUUGCAGCUGACUUUUGCGCACCAAUUUCGGCGCAGGACACCGGGCGGACACCUGGUAAAUGUGGUCUCUUAUGGUCAAUCUUCCAAUGAUAUGCCUACAAAUACGUCACAAUGCUGCAGACACCUUGGGGAAACGACAGAAAGGGCAGACUUACUCCUCUCGCAUUCACAGCCAUAUAAGGAGACAAUGGAAAACAGAGCCUCAAAAAUCCUGCUCAUUUCCUGGAUGCCGUCUCAUCUUGGUUUUGCCUGUAGCUCACGUUCUAGGGCACGCACAGAAAAUAUCUUUGCAGUUCUGGAAACGUCAGAGUGUUUUCUUUCCAAAGCUACCAAUUAUAUGCAUAGUCGAGCAUCUUUUUGUGACAAAAUAUCUUGUUUAAAACGGGAACGUUUUUCAUCCAAAAAUGAAAUUGCGCCCCUAGAGUUUCAACAGGUUAACUUCCUGAAUUGACAGCAUUCAAUUUGAAUUGAACCCAACCCUGCUAUCUAUUAGGUUGUGGUAUCAGCAGUCUACUCUACUGGGUCGUUCCACAUAAUGAGUGCCUUUUGCAUCCCUUAGAUAUUUUAAGUAGUGCACAAAUAUUGAAUUUUAAAAGCCUGUCAUAUGAAAUGAAGUGCCAUUUAAAAGUCAUUUCUGAAGAUGAUUAUUUAUUUCAUGUAAUUAGUGAUUGAUUUUAAGUAAAAUACCCGGCUACCAAUAUUUAGCGGCGAUCCAAAUGCUGAUGACUUACAAUGCCCCUCAUCACCACAAACACCUUCAAUGAUGGCAGACUCAUACUAAAGUAUGUAGGGAACGACAUAGCAGCGGAAUAAUUUGGUGUGAGGAAAAAAAACAACCUGUCCCUGAUUUUAAAGUCAACCCUGUUACCUGAACUGAACUCUCGUUCUAAUUGGUGAAACUAUUCAUUUUUAAAUAUAUUAAACAGAUGAGCUGGUUCUAUUCUUUAUGGACAUUUUCUGGUGUUUUGUUGUGGAAAAUGUAGCUGGUUGAGCAUGACAUGUCCAACCCUGUUACCCAUAGAUUCAUCUAAUGUAAUAGGCUUAAAAGAAACACCUGAGUGGCGUUUCUUUCUUUCUGGUCCUGAUGGGAAGAAAACAAACUGUCGGGGGAGGUCUUCUUUGGACUGUUGAACCAGUCCAGUAAAUGUGGAGGAGUUAGGAUGUCUUGUUGCCGUGUUAACGUCAAAAAGCAGAAGUCUCCAUUUCCCUUGAAAAACAGAUGCAUCCAUUUAACCGACCCCGCAAAGGGUGCCCAUAGAGCGAGACAAUUUAGAAUCAUUUUUUUGGAAUUAAAAAAUUGUGAAGCUUGCAUACAAUUGCCCCUCCCUGUUGCACACAAGCUUCCAUUCCCCCGGUCACAAGGUGAUUUAUGGCUGUUCCUUUAAUAGGCACUUGUAAUAUUUUGAGAUGGGGAUGUUUUUCAUUAAGUUGAACAUGUGCUCUUUAUGUGCUCAUUUUUUUGCACUACUCAAAAAGAACCUAAUUGGUGGAACGACCCUACUACAUUACAAUCCAGCCAUAGACAUUGAUUAAUAGCCUGCACACUGAACACUGAACACACAGCAGUCCAGGGUUGGAACGGGUGGGAAGGAAGGAAGAGCAGAAGAAGAUGGAAGAUUUUGAGGAAGGGGGUUUGAGGAGAGCAGGGCAUAAGCUGGAACAGGUGAACAGGGGUGCUGAUUGCGGAACCUUCUAAAUCCAGGCUCAGAGGAGAUGUCUGCGGGGUCGGCGCCUAAAAACGACUUGGAAAAUGUGGAAUUCUGGAACUCUGCCUCCCUCAUUCUUAGUUCGAGGUCGUGUGAAAGUUCAUGUCUAAAUUAGCAAGGUUGAGGUGAAAGGUUGUUUCACCCCAAAAUAAGUAACUUAAAGAGUACGGAAAUUGAGAUUUAAUUACUCCAUAUACUCGCACCCAUUUUUCCCCGGCUUAGCACAUAAAAGCAGUGUGUUGUUUUGUUAUGGAAGUCAUUUGAGGCAGUUUCACCAUUGCAAAUGCGUUGACUCCGGAGCAAGACCUCAUCUUGGCAGUUAGUGUCUGUGGUGUGGCAUUUGCGGUCUGGUGUCAGGUGUACUCGGUAGGCUUGAUGAAACGUAGAUGCCAUCCCUCAGUACCCCUCGGACAAGGGUUACAGUAGUCAAAAGGUUAAGGAUUUCCUGCUUCUUCUGUUUCUGAUUGUUUAUGUAUUUCUGAGGUAAUAUUUGGGAAUUCUAUAGUAGCAGACACUUCUGACUUUUCUUCAAAAAAAGGAGGUGUGACUGGAAAGUUAAAGAAUAAAACAACCGAGCCAGAUUACAUCACUAAAACCAAAACAAAUUUCUAAAAAAUACCCAAAUACAAACUUUUGUAUUAACUUAAUGUGUUCAUGUUGUCAUGUUUUGUUAAUUGCUUUAUUUGUUAAGUUUCAAUGCAUCUGAUGAUGAAUGUGUUAUUGAUAUGUAACAUCACAGAUAUGAAUGUAAUGUUUAGAUGAACACAUUGUUUUACAAAUAUAUGUGUCAUAAAUUAUUUCACCAUAUGCGAGCAAUGGAGAACAAGGCCUUAAAGUUAACUCAGAUUUAAAGUGAUUUUUCUGUUCCUUAGUUAUAUUGACAAACAAUAAAUGAUGUGGAAAUUACUUUUUCUUUAACAAAGUUUUGAAUCAAGAUCAAGUGUUUUGAUUCAGCUACUGUUUCGAUUCAAAUGUAAAUGUAAAUUUCCUGUGUUAUGUAAAAUACAAUAAACAUUCAAAUCAACAGA